AAAUGAUAACUCCUUUUAAAAGAAAAAGAAUUGUUUUUCCAAUUUUAGGCCCGUAGAGAAUUUGAAAAUUGAAGCUUUUGUCUCGAGUGAAAGUGGGGAAAUGACGAUCAACGACGAAAGUUCGGUGUACGUGGGAGGACUUCCCUACGACGCCACCGAAAGCUCCAUCCGCCACGUCUUCAGCGUCUACGGUGCUGUCGUCGCCGUUAAGAUUGUUAAUGAUCACACAACUAGAGGAAAAUGCUACGGCUUUGUUACUUUUACAAAUCCUCGUUCAGCUUAUGAUGCCAUCAAUGAUAUGAACGGCAGGACUAUUGAUGGCCGAGUUGUGAGAGUUAAUGAAGUGACCACCAGAGGGGGCAGAUCAAAUUUUUCUCGUGACCGCCCUAGACAGAGUGGAUGGGAUAAGGGACAGGACAGAGAAAGAGAUCAUGAUCUUGAUAGAAAACGGUAUCGUGAUCGACACAGUGAUAGAUCCAGGGAUCGGGAUCGGUCUCGGGGCCAUGAUUCUGGAAGAGAAAGGGGAUAUGAGCAACACGAACAUGAUAGCGCUGGAGAAUACUCGAUGGAUAGAGAUCACGGUAGAGAUGUGGAGGAUCAUAUGCAAGGAGAGAGCAGGAACCAUAUUCAGGAUUGGGAUAGGGAUAAUGAACUGAAUUUGGAUCAAGAUAGGGAGCCUUCUAGAACAAACAGUUAUCAUAGAAGUGUUGAUGAGGACAAGGAGCAAUGGCUAAAGAGACGGAAUGGCUUUACGAACAAUGAUCACGGCAGAGGACUUUCAUCUGAUUCAACUGAUGAUUACAAUCAGAUGAAAAAAGAACUGGAAAGAUCAAUUCAAAGCCGAGAAAAACUUAAAACAGAGGCUUCGCUGAUGGAAGGGAGGUUAGAAGAGAGACAGCAGCUUGUUUUGGAUUUACAGAAAAAAUCUAAGACCCUGGAAGAUGCAUUGGUUGCUGCUAAGAAGCUCUCUUCUAUUCGCAAAAUGCAUUUAACCAAGGUGCAUAAGUGUUGCAUGCAAGUAAAGGAGUGCAGGGAAAAACUUAAAAGCUAUGAACAGGAGCUUCAGUGCCUUGUUGAUUCAGCAAUGGUAGAGUGUGAAGAUGAUGUGGGUGUACGGGGCGGCAGUCUGGCAAACGGGACUGCAUGAUUUGUGUUGGCUGUUCAUUAAUCCUCUGAUGUGUCAGCUUUUGAUUGGACUACUUAAUCUUUAUGUAGAGAUAUAGCAUGAGUCCUUUUGAUGUAUAUUACUGACAAAUUUCAGAAUGUUGUUAUGCUUCAGUGUUCGUUAGGAAUGUAAUAUCUCCAUAUAAUUGGAUGAUGCGAAUUCUAAAUAGAGUGAUUGUUUGUUUGG